GGAAUCAAACCAAGUGUAUCUACUUCCACUUUGAGUUUGAGUUUGAGUUUGAGUUAGAGGUCCAUUGCAAUUUGCCAUGUACAGGAACGUUGCUUCACGCCUCAGGGCCUUGAGGGACCACACCUCCCUGGAUUUUCGGACAUGUGUUUACCAAUUACUGCUUUAGUAUUCAAAUUCGCUCUCAUUGUUCUUUUGGCGUCUUUUCAACUAGUGUAGUACCUCAAGCUAAAAACAAUUUAUAUUCUAUUGUGAAUUUUGUCUAGGGUUCUGUUUCUUCAUCAUUUUUGUGCAAGUAAUCCAUCUGCUGCUUUUAAGUUCAAAUGUUAUGGCUUCAUUUACUCAGCGGGAAAACUUAUUUUAAUUCCACUUUUGGUUUUUAUAAAAUUAAGUUGAUUGUCUGACGGUUUGGAAUUUUGUUUUGCUCUGCCAUUGAAUACAUGAGUUUAGGCUCGUUCUUGCAAUAGGGUACCUGCCAGAUUUGCAAGUUCAAGUUCUGUUGUCACAACACAAUCCUCUUCUAGUUUGGGUGGUUUAUUUGGCUGGCUAACAGGAGAGCAAUCCAGUUCUCUGCCACCUCUGGAUUUCCCACUUCCAGGUGUUACACUUCCUCCUCCAUUGCCUGAUUAUGUUGAGCAGGGUAAAACUAUUAUUACAACACUCCCAAAUGGAGUCAAAGUUGCCUCUGAAACUUCAGCGACUCCUGCAGCCUCAAUAGGUUUAUAUGUAGAUUGUGGUUCAAUCUAUGAGACACCAUUAACUUUUGGGGCUACACAUCUGCUUGAAAGAAUGGCCUUCAAGAGCACUAGAAACCGGAGUCACUUUCGAGUAAUUCGUGAAGUAGAGGCAAUUGGUGGCAAUGUGCAGGCCUCAGCUUCCAGAGAGCAGAUGGGUUACACUUUUGAUGCUUUAAAGACAUAUGUUCCUGAAAUGGUGGAGCUGCUUGUUGAUUGUGUGAGGAACCCUGUGUUUCUUGAUUGGGAGGUCAAUGAGCAGCUUCUGAAAGUGAAGUCUGAGAUUGGUGAAGCUUCCAAAAACCCUCAAGACUUGCUUUUGGAAGCAAUUCAUUCUGCUGGUUUUUCUGGUGCCUUGGCAAAUCCUCUUUUAGCUUCAGAAUCAGCAGUAAAUAGACUAAAUGGUACAAUUCUGGAGGAUUUUGUUGCUGAAAACUAUACUGCACCUCGGAUAGUACUUGCAGCUUCUGGUGUUGAGCAUGAGGAAUUGUUAUCUGUUGCAGAACCUCUUUUGUCCGAUCUACCUAGUGUCCCGCGCCCAGAGGAGCCAAAAUCAGUAUAUACCGGUGGUGAUUAUCGAUGUCAAAGUGAAUCUGGGAGGACCCAUUUUGCUCUUGCAUUUGAACUUCCUGGUGGCUGGCAUGACUUGAAGGAUGCUAUGGUUUUGACUGUUCUUCAGAUGCUAUUGGGAGGCGGUGGAUCAUUCUCAGCUGGUGGACCUGGUAAAGGGAUGUAUUCACGGCUAUAUCUCCAUGUUCUAAAUGAGUAUCCACAAGUUCAUUCAAUUUCAGCAUUCAACAAUAUUUACAAUAACACUGGCAUUUUUGGUAUCCAAGUCACAACAGGUUCAGAUUUUGUAUCAAAAGCCAUUGACAUAGCAGCUAAUGAGCUUCUUGCAGUUGCUACUUCUGGACAAGUUGACCAGGUACAGCUGGAUCGUGCCAAACAGGCUACAAAAUCUGCAAUUUUGAUGAAUUUGGAAUCAAGAAUGGUUGUUUCAGAAGAUAUCGGAAGACAAGUUUUGACAUAUGGUGAGAGGAAACCUGUAGAAAAUUUCUUAAAGGCAGUGGACGAAGUAACUUUGAAGGAUAUUGCUUCAAUUUCUCAAAAGCUCAUUUCUUCCCCUCUCACAAUGGCAUCAUAUGGAGAUGUUUUAUAUGUUCCAAGCUAUGAAUCGGUGAGCAGCAAGCUUCGAUCAAAAUGAGAUGGAUGGAAAGAGAAUGCUUAAAUCCAGAUGUCUUGAGUCUUCUUGACAUACAAUCAGAUCUUGUACGGUUGGAAGGUGUAAAAUUAAGUCAAAAUUCUAAAUACUAUAGUAGUCAAUAAAUUAGUAAUCACGCGGCAGGAGCAUUUGCAUAUGUCAUUACUUUUGGGUACAUAAUAAUUGACUUCAAAAGAGUUUUCACAUGAAUGUUUUUAUGUUUGGCAGAAUUAAAACUGCUGGACUAUUUUUGGAUUAAAUCCCAUUUUGGGAAACCAAGUCUUGAUUAAUUGAUCAGAAACUUGUCAAGUGUAACACUAAUUGAAUUAUAAUUUAUUGUUUGUUG